AUGGCGAUAAGGACUCAGUACGAGAACAGUAACGAAGUUGGUGUGUUUGCCACACUUACUAACUCCUACGCGCUUGUGACGUUGGGUAGUUCGUGCAAUUUCGCAAGCGUGUUCGAGGCGGAGCUUUUGCCGCAGAUCCCGGUGGUCCACACGACCAUAGGCGGCACCCGUGUCGUCGGGAGUGUUUCAGUUGGAAACCGCAAGGGUCUCCUUGUCUCGAGCAUUUGCACCGACACCGAGCUGCGCCACCUGCGCAAUUCGCUGCCAGAUGCGGUAGAAAUUCGGCGCAUAGACGACCGCCUGUCGGCCCUAGGGAACGUGAUUACGUGCAACGACUAUGUGGGUCUCAUCCACGUGGACAUGGACAAGGAGACCGAGGAGAUCGUGGAGGACGUGCUGGGAAUCGAGGUGUUCCGCAGUUCUAUCGCAGGGAACGCGCUGAUCGGGAGUUAUUGCCGUUUCCAGAACAAGGGAGGUCUGGUUCACGUGAAGACCACCACCGACGAGAUGGAGGAGCUGUCGCAGCUGCUUCAGAUUCCCCUGACCUCCGGGACGAUAAACCGGGGUUCGGACGUGAUUGGCGGAGGACUGAUUGCAAACGACUGGGUAGCGUUUUGUGGAAUGUCUACAACUGCCACGGAGAUUGCGACGGUGGAGCGCAUUUUCCAGCUGUCGCGUCCAACGGAGCUGGACUCUUCGGUCACCGACUCACACACGCUACGCAACGCGUUGAUCGACACGUUGAUUUGA